UGCUCGAUUGUGUCAGGCCAUAAAUCGACCUGGGGCUCUUACAUACCUAAAGCCAUCUCGACCACUUUCCAAGUGGAGUUUCGCCUGGACGAAGCAAGGAUUUCCUCAUCGACCCUUCGACGACAAACACGAAAAGAAACAGACGCUACUUUCACAACCCUCAACUAACAGCACCGUAUCACCGAUAUCUCCACCAAAAUGGCGUUCGGAGCCGGCUUAACGUCGAGCAAAAGCUACCUCUUUUUCUCGACCCUACACUUUCUAGCCUUUGUUAUGGCUUUGACUGUCUGUGGCCUCUAUGGCGUCGAACUGGAUCGCGCAAGGAAGGCCGACAAGUACGCGGAUGCGAAUUGGGUCUUUGCCGUGGUCGUUGGCGGUCUGUCAGCUUUGAGCUCCAUUCUGUUCUGCAUCCCGUUCAUCCUCCGGUUCGCCUUCAAAUGGGUGUGGGACUUGAUCCUCUUUAUCCUUUGGGUCGCCGUCUUUGGCGUUUUCGCGGGCAUUUACAUCCAUGAGAAGCCUGAGGGUAAUAACGAUAUUCGUCGGAUGAAGCAUGCCGUCUGGGUGGACCUCGUCAACAUGCUUCUCUGGCUCGUCAUCGCUGUUUCUGCAUUUGCCUACUGGCUCAAGCACCGGGAGACCAGAAGCCGGUUUACUUCUCGCGCCAUUGUUUAGGAAGAUAGCUGGACGGUUGUGAAGGACAAGAAUUGAGGUUGGCGUUACCGAUGGUGAAAGGAUACAUUAACAGGUUGAUACCCGGGGGAUAAGGUACAUGGCGUUUUGGCACCAUAUGAUUUUGGUACGGGAUUUUGAUUCAGGAUUUUGGUUUCGCGACGUAGGCAGUCUCUUGCGCUCGCAUUAAUUCAUCCAUUCUUACUCUCAUCACAUUGAUCAUUUCACCAGUAGAAAUAUCAAUCAGCUUUAACAGCAGCCCGUACACUUCCUGUCACCGCCCAAAGCUCAACAAGCUUCCGCUUUUCCCCAUCCAGAGAUUCGUCUCAAAGCAAACCCAUCUUUA